AUGGUUGUUGCCAGUCAAAUUAAAGAGGUAGAAGUACCGAGUAUCAAAUUAGGUAAAGAGUUCAAUAUUAAUGAUUAUAUUAAUGAACCAGUUCUUGAAGAUUCAAAUUUUAUGUUUAAAGAUGAAGUAAAUGAAGAUUUAUUAUUAACUGAUUUCGAAGGAUUAACUGAUGGAUUAACCGAAAGUGGAUUUACUGAAGUUUUAACUGAAUUUUUAACUGAAAGUGAAUUAACUGAAACAAAUUAUAAUUCAAAUCCUAAUCUUAAUUAUGGUACAAACACUUCGAAUUUAAAUAUAAGUAGAAAAGUUAAGAAACCAAAGAAAAGAAAGAAGAGAUCAAGAUUAUCAAAAGUUACUAAUUUAUCCCCUUCAAUAUUCAAACAACAAAGAAACAAAUUAAUGAUGAUCAUAAUCAAAUAUAUUUCUAUGAAGAUUACCAAUUUAUUCCCACCAAAUUUUAAAGAGAAUAAACUUUCAUUAGAGAAAUUUUUAAUCAUCAUUAUAAAUAGAUUGAAAUUAUCAGUUAACUCAUUCUUGAAAUCUGUAAUUUAUCUUUUAAGAUAUAUGGAUAUUAUUUAUUUGUUAAGAUAUUUGAAUCAAUCAAAUAAUUUUGCCAAUUUUAAUGAAAUGGAUUUCCCAUUAAAAGAAUUAAUUAUUGGGUGUAUCAAGUUAACUUUAAUGCAAGAGAAAAUCCAUAAAAAUUGGAGUAAUCUUGUAGGUUUAUCAAAUAAUCAAAUCAAUCUCAUUAUUAAAAAGAUUUUAGAUAAAUUGAAUAAUAAAUUGAUUAUUAAAGAUGAUGAAUUUUGUAAAUUUAAAUUAGAAAUAUUUAGAUAUGUUAAAAUGAUUUCUAGUUAA